AUGGCAAUUCAUCGUGACGGAUUGUCCCAUCAAUUAGACAAUAUUGUUAAUGUGAGAAAUGAACUACAACAAUCUUUAUCCUCGUCAAAUGGAAACGAAAUUGCGUUCUUCGCUAAAGUUGACGAAUGGCAACGUAACGUGAUAAAUAAAGUUCUGGAUAUUGCAGAAAAUGCAAAACAAAAUAUACGUGAAAUACUAGUGAGUAAAACGACGAGUUAUAAUCAAAAAUUGAAUCAAAUAUCGAACGAAGUGAAACAACGACGUCAAAAUAAUGAUUUUACAGAAAACGAUUUACAUAAGCUGAGAGAACAACUCGGAGAGUUGAAUGAUAACAUAAAAGACAUUUCAAAAUCGAUUGAAAUCGAUACAUCACAAUCAAAUGAUAUUAGAUGGGACUCAUUAAUAUUCAUUGUUCAAAAGGAAAAUGUAAAACAUCAGUUCACAACGAUAAAUCGUCAGUCAUCCUAUCGAAAUCAAAAUGCGACGUCAGUGAUGUCGGUUCUUACGUCAGCUCCACCACUGAACGUGUCAGCAGACCAAUCAUCACGAACUAACAGUUUUGUUCAAAACAUUUUUAUUGAUAAAUACGAUCCAACAAUUGAAGAUUGUUACGUAAAAAAAAUUGAAAUAGACGGCGAACAAUGUCAAUUAGAAAUUUUGGAUACAGCCGGAACGGAUUUAUCGGCCAUGCGAGAUAUCUAUAUAAAUAAUAGAGAAGGUUUUAUACUCGUUUAUUGUAUUACAAGUCAAGCAACGUAUAAUGAUGUUAUGGAAUUGAAAGAUAGAAUUUAUCAUAUAAAGAAAACAAUAAAUGUACCAAUGGUGAUAGUAGGAACAAAAUCUGAUCUCGACGAUGAAAGAGUAGUAGGAAAAGAAAGUGGUCAACAAUUAGCAAAGAAGUAUCAAUGUACAUUUUUAGAAGCAUCAUCAAAAAUGAAUAUUAAUGUUAAUGAAAUAUUUUUUGAUCUCGUACGACAAAUGAAUAGGCAACGAUUUCCUCUUGGACAACAGUUGCCAGCAUUUACUCGAGAUGAUGCUUGUAAAAUGAAGAAAACAUCCACUUGUAAUAUUACAUAA